GACAUGGUGAAGAGGCUGGGUUAUAAAUAGGGAACUAGGAGAAUAUUUUUCAUGCAUUUCUUACACAUUCUCACAAUGUCUCAGUGAUGGACUCGUGUUGCCUUCUUUUCAGCCUGCUGUUGAUAAAACUUUCAGGUACUCUUGAUGUCUCCACAGUCAGAAAAAUAUCUCUUCAGAGGGGACAGUCUAUUCUAAUACCUUGUUUAUAUGAACAUGAAUAUGUACAUUCAAACGAUGUCUUGAGUGCCAGAUGCUAUCGGGUUUUGCGUCAACACGGUAAACUCUCUUACCAGCGAUAUAACCCCCAAACAGCAUAUUUCUCAGAUAAUAAGUCUCAUAAAUUCUGCAUUGUACGUAUGGACAAUGUUCAGGAGUCUGGUGAUUUCUGGUGUGGGGUUCUACCACACGUCCCUAAUAAACAAACUAACCUUGUUUUGAAAGUCACUGCAGGCCUUUCAGGGCUUUAUGUGACCAAUCAGAAUCUCACAGUAUUUGAGAAUGACAGCGUUACCGUUAACUGUCAUCAUCACGUGAAACAUUAUGUAGAAUGGUGUACAUUUGGGGAGCACUGUAUGAGUAGAACAUCAGAAACUAAGGACGGAGCCUUUGUUGAGAUCAGAUAUUCAAGGACGGUCAUGACUGUGACCAUGAACAAACUGAAGAUGGAGAACACCGGAUGGUACAGUUGCUCAUCAAAAGACCUUCAGAUGCCUGUUUUUAUAACUGUACAACAGAAAAUGAGCCCUACUCCAACAAAGCCCAGAAAGAGGACGGCUGUUCUGUUUCUGUUGCCUGUGAUUCUGGAAGUCCUCUUGGUCAUAUCAAUGUAUGCUUCAUGGAGACUCUUUAAAUUAUGGAGAGAAAGAUGCUUAAUAUCUAGGAAACAAGAAGCAGAAGAUGCUCAAUAUGUAACAAUGCACAGGAAACGGUCAUCGCACCAAACCGGCUGUGCAGAUGUUUGUGACGGAACAUAUGAAAAAAUGGCUGGCGUUAAAAGUAAUAUUGAGGUGGAUCCAGAUUAUGUCAAUGUUACAAAGACAUGACAAAAAGUCUAUAGUCGUUUCUUGUUUUCUUUACAAUUUAAGCACUGUAUAAAGUAUUUUUGAUCAUUUAUUUAGUUUGCGUUUUGUAAUGUAGUGCAAGUAAUGUUUUUAAAUGUGAGGGCACCUACAUUGAUAAAGCAGAUGCUACAUGUUUUGAAGUGUAAUUUACAGGACAAGGAAACUGGAUGAUGAAAGGAGUGAUGGUCAAUGCAUGUGUUUUGGGCAAACAUAACUGUUGAUGAUACUUUGAUGGAGAUAUCACAGUUCAAGCAAAAUCAAAAGCAACGUUUUUACACAAUCUUGUGCAUCUUUGCAACAAUAAAUGGUCAA